CCAAUAAACCUUCUUAUUAAUUAGUAGUCGAGUGUCACGCACACACCGACUUGUUCCGGCGACCGGACAGAAAGAAAGAAAGAAAUGUCGAUAUUGUGGGAGAAAAGCUCAGCGUGGCGAUGGAUGGUGAGGAAAACCCGUGAUUCGAAGCCAUUUUUCUUUGGUUUUGCGGGCUGCUGUGUUGUAGUCCCUUGUAUUGUGGGCUACUACGUUAUGCAAUUCACUAAUAUCCGCAACGAUCAACUUGAAUCUCAACUCCGUCGCGACGCUCGUCCCGAUACUCUUAUGAUGGGAAAAGUGAAUAAAGAGAGGCUCGGAGAGUUUCUUGGGGAACUGCAGAGGAAGGAAGAUACAAACGAUCGGUACGUUGCUGCUUUGAAGGGAGAGACUUUAACCAGAAAUCCGUAUGUAAGAAUUCAACCUGUCACAAGUCCAGCCCCCUCUGAAGUUAGCAAUGGUAAAAAGUAGGCAAGCUGUCUAGUUCCAUGAAAUGACUUUGUCACUAUGAUCUGUAAUUUUGCAAGCUCAUGCAUAUGGGUGCAUUUGCAAGAAGAAAAAUGAUGUUAGAUAUGAGGAUAUGAAUUGAUGUUUUCCAUAAUCUACUUGUGUAUUAUUUUGUUCCUUAAAUGUUAAAUCUUGCCUUUUCUUAUGGUAACA